AGUCCACCCCACAAGGUCAGACAUAGGAAUCCGUUUCAAACAAGCUAUACCUUUUUGCAAGAAAUUUUCACAUCAACUGUAGGAAAUGUCUACCUUCAGUGACCAAGCUGUGCUCCAGGCCAUUUUCAACCCCAACAAUCCUUUUGGUAACAAUCUUCGGUUGGAAGCAGAGGUCGAGCUAACUGAUGAUGAUAGCAAGUUUGAUCCAGUUCUAGUGCAACAGACUAAAGAGUUGGAACUGCAGGGAGUUUCCCUGGCAGAAUCUGGGAAUGUGGAUGCAUCUGUGGAGGUAUUCACUCGGGCCAUAGCGAUUAUCCCUGAGCGAGCAUCAGGCUACAACAACCGAGCACAGAGUCUGCGGCUGAUGGGUGACGCAACAGGGGCUAUGAGUGAUCUGAACAAAGCAGUCGAGCUCAGUGGAGGAAUAGGACGGACAGCCAGUCUGGCUUUUGUUCAGCGAGGACUUCUUUACCGACUCUGCGGACAGGACCAAGAGGCUCUGCAGGACUUCAGACAAGCUGCGGAUCUAGGCAACAGAUUUGCCAAGCACCAAGUGACCCUCAUGAAUCCAUAUGCAGCUCUGUGCAACCGCAUGCUGGCCAAGAUGGUGGCCAACCUGAGGAAUCCAGAACCCCCUACGAGUUCCUCUGUGUGAAGGCUUAUUUGCUCCUUUUUGUUUAAGGGUUUGCAGAGCAUGUUGUUCCUUUCUGCUGUCUUUCAUGAUAAACAAUACCCAAAACAUUUCUAUGGCUUGCCUUCCUCUGUCUGCUGAUGGUCACAAUUCAAUGUCUUGCUGUUGAGAGAGGUUAUUCCAAGUCUACCAGUCCCCACUCCUCUGUCUCCACAACAUUGACGAUUGGUAAGGCUGCCCUUUUUAGCCAGUGAUAAUGAGAUCUGUAAUUAAUCCUCACACGGAGGAGGAGGAGUCUGGAGCUCCAGCCCAUGUUACCAGACUGAGAGUCCUCUGUUUAACUCUAUUAGUUGUUAGCCAUAUUCUAAGAUUCCAACUUGACUGUGAAAAGAUUUCAAUUCAUAUUAAAAUUAAGUUCAUUAAGUCAACUCCAGCCUGCCAAAAACCAAACCACACUGGGGAAAUGGGGUUUGCAAAGCAUUAACCUCCAGUGCAUAUGCAUGUGUUGGCUGAUGGUUCUGAAUCACACAAUUAGUAAUGUUCUUUGUCAACAUACAAGUAAUGGAUCACAUGGCAUGGCUCCUCCAAUUAACCCUUACCAACUAGUUGGGAAUCCUUUGGCUGAUCAUCUCCGGCCUUUGGGAUCUGGGGUUUUGCACCAGUAAUAAACUCCUGGCCUUCUGCACUAGAGAAAAAGGAAGUGAUACAUAAUCUGACAGUCUAUAUUUAUCUUAGAAAAGUGCAUUUAUGCUUCUAAUGGGGCCCACAUAGGUGUUGGUAAUUUGCAUGAUUACAAAGAUUUUAACAGGAAAAGACAGGGUAGAUAUGGGCAAACUAUUCCCACUGAUUAGGGAUUCUGGACGUGGGGGUAUAAUCUGCGAUAAGGUUAGGGCCAGACCAUUCAAGCAAGAUGUCAGGAAGCAUUUCUAUACACACAGGAUGGUAGAGAUUUGGAACUCUGUUCCACAAACAGCAGUGAAUGCUGGAUCAGUUGUUACUUUUGAAUUUGAGAGAGUUCUUUUGUUCAAGUAACUGUACUAAGAAACGUGAGCCAACGGCAACCAUGUUGGGCUGCUGAUCAGUCGUGAAAUCAUUGAAUGGUAGAACAUGGGGCUGAAUGGCGUUCUCCUGUUUCUGUGUUCCAAAGAGAAUAAUGUGUAAAGUUGAAAUAUAAGGUAGGGCAUUGCUUCAUUCAAUAUCUGCAAAAUAAAUUGAACUGCUAUUCUCAUUUCACCAGUUUUUGUUUUUA